UAGCCCUUAAACAGACUCUGGUUAUUAGAAAUCUGUACCUAUAUCCCAGGCUGUACCCAAGUAUCUGCUCCUUCAGUCAGAUAAUUGAAAAUUAAAUAUAUAUUUCGGUGCCGUCAUAUUCCACAGCACAGUACAAUGGGGUCUAUUGGCCUGCACAUAAUGCUGUCACUUUUGAUAUGGAUGGCGCAAGGAAGUCCUCAACUUCGGAGAGCCAAUGAUCGCCAUGGACAGUGUACGUAUACGUUCACAGUACCCAGUCCUCGAGAGGGCAGCUGCUCAGAACCUGGAGAGGUAAAUACUGCUAUCCAGGAUCUUCGUCGUGAAAACUCAGACCUUCGUCAACAUACGGACUCAUUGCAAACUCGAGUCACCUUGCUAGAGAGGGUAGUGAAUAAGAUGUUAGGAGGAGAGGUUUCAGGGCAUUCAACGUUUGCACCCCAAGCCAGUGAAAAUGUUCAUCAAGAGUUGGAAAGGCUUAGGAGAGAGAAGGAUGAGUGGGAAGGACAGAGGGGCAGUCUGGAGAUGGCUUAUUCUGACUUGCUAAAGGAAAAGUCUUCUUUGGAAGAGGAAAAGCAGAAUUUAAAUGAAAGAUUGGAGAAGGUGCAAGGACAGUGUCCUAAGGUUGCCGAGGUGCCCAGGACCAGAGACCAACAAGUAUCUCCAAGACAGGUGUCUCGGUGGGGAGCAGAUGGUGUCGGGUACCAGGAGCUAAAGUCCGAGCUGACGGCACUACCAGCUUCUAGGAUGAUUCCGGAAAGCCACUCGGUUCUCGAAAGUUCAGAAAACAAAGGCAUUGGGGGAAGUUGUGGUGAGCUCACAUGGGUUGGAGUACCCAGUACAUUCCGAAAGGCUGAUAGUAUUGCUGGAAAAUAUGGGGUGUGGAUGAAGGACCCUGAGCCAGCCUCCCCAUUUACCCGAGACACCAUCUGGAGGAUCAAUACUGUAGGAGCAGAUAUACGUCAAGUUAUGGAAUAUGAAAAUACGGAUCAGUUAGCCAAAGGAUAUCCAGCAAAAGUUUACGUCCUACCUCGGUCCAUGGAGAGCAAUGGGGCUGUUGUUUAUAGAGGCUCUCUGUACUAUCAACGUCGCAAAUCAAGAAUCCUAGUUAAGUAUGACUUCAAAACAGAAUCGGUUGCCGUUCAAAAGGAGCUUCCCAACGCUGGUUACCAUGGGAAAUUCCCUUACUCUUGGGGUGGCUAUACAGACAUUGACCUUGCUGUUGAUGAGAUGGGUCUGUGGGUGAUUUAUAGCACAGAGAAUAUGAAAGGGUCUGUAGUCAUAUCCCAACUGGACCCUACAACUCUUGAUGUUAAGCAGAGCUGGGAGACCUCCAUACGCAAACAGUCAGUGGCCAAUGCAUUUAUGAUCUGUGGCACGCUGUACACUGUUGGGAGUUAUUCCUCGUCAAGUACCACAGUCAACUUUGCUUUUGAUACUCAAACAGGUGUCCAGCGCCAGAUAAGUGUCCCCUUCCAGAAUCAGUAUGGUUAUGCUAGUAUGAUUGAUUACAACCCGAAUGAGAAGAAAAUUUAUGGUUGGGAUAACUUCAACAUGGUGGCCUACGAUGUUAGGUUGUCCAAGAUGUGAACAUCCAUAGAUAUAUUAUGUCAAAGGGUAGGGUGGGAUGACAGCUCGUUAGCAUGGAGUGCUUUAAGAAAGAGGGUAAUGCUGCGCCACUUAUAAAGUCAAGAACAAAGUGAAAGGCAACCUCUGUACCUUGUUCCCUUAAUAUUCUCUGAGCUUUGGUCAUUGAAUAUCUCCCUUUCAGACAGUAAAGUACCAUCUAAUGGUGUUGGAGUGGAAAAGAUACAAAUGCUUUGUACAACAUUGUUACAUUCAGAGCUGCUAAAUCUUCAAGGAAAAACUUGCAUAUGGCAUAUUUAAUAUCUAGUAUAAAGAUAUCAUUGCCUUUUUUUGUGGUAGAGGCCUUGUAAAAUUGCAUAUUUUUAGUACAACUAGGCAAAUAAAAGUUUUAAAAUGCAAGUAUGUGUGAGAUAGUGAGUACACGUAAAGACAAUAGGACAUAGGCAAACUUUCAAUAUUGAAUGUAUAGAAUUCUAAAGAUAAAUAGCCUGCAGUUAUGUAUAGCACUAUUAAUGUGUAGUUAAAGGGAUACUACAGACCCUUAAAAGUACUUUAACUCACUGAAAAGUUUUACAGGAGAAGUGGGUCCUUUUUUUCCCCACAAUUUGCAAAAAGUGCAGAUUUCAGUAGAAAUGUUAACACUUUUAGAAGUUAACCUUGUUAAACCCCCUUGACUUUCAAUCAGACAACCGGUUCCGUUACUUCCAGGUUUGGUUAGCUCAGUGGAGCUAAAAAGUCAAGAGGGAGUUUUGCCCAGUACACCUGCCUUGCAAAGACUUCUCAUUAAGCUGUAUUGGGAAGUCUGAUUGGACAGCCACAUAAAGUGUGGGUUGGGUUACAAGGGGAGGGCUUACAGGGGCAGCAAACAAGAGAACUGAAGGUUUUGCA